AUGAGGAAGCUCCACGAUGAACGAGUGAGGAGGUGACGAGAGGUUGUAGAUUUAGAAACAGAUGGAGUGAGUGAGCGGAGGACGGGGAGGACAGACAAAGAUUUUAAAAACAGCAGAAGAAAGCAAAGCGAAGGAGAGGAGAGGAGGAGAGAGGUUGGUGGUUGGUGGAUUAAGGCGGGUUAAAGAGGAUUAGUGUCUGUUUUGGUUUGGUAGUAAAAUCACAUCCAUGUCAGUCACCACUGGCCGCUGCUGACACGCUCACUCUGCUGAUUCACUUCAGCUCAGAGUUCACACACUGAAACAAACUGGACCAGAAGAGGAAGACGAGGACGAAGAGGUGUGGAAGAAGCCUUUGUCCUCUGCGGUGAGUCUGGACGAUCACCAUGAAACAAGCCAUGGAGGACGGCGUCAGUGAGGUGCUAUCCUGUGUGGUGGAGGACGUCAGUCACGCCAUCAGCAGAAACAUCGGUGGAGCUCAGCUCCUGCAUGAACUGCUCAAUUCACCGUGGCUUCGCGCUCUACUGAAGGUUUAUGACUGCCUGUUGCAGUUUGAGAGGUCGACGCCCACACCUAUCCUGCCUUACGCCUCAGGACUCUCACAUGAGAUUAUAACCACUUUACAGAGGGUCCACCGUCCCUCCGCUGAAGCCAGAGAGCUGUACAGCCUCCUCAGCUUACCUCACAUCCAGGCCCUCCUGUCAUCCCACGACAGUGUGGCCCAGUCAGACUAUGGACCUGUCUUACCUCCUCUGCCUGAUGAGAUGCCUGAGGAUGAGGAGGCCAUGAGGAUCGUUUGUCUGGUGAAGAACAACCAGCCGCUGGGGGCGACAAUAAGGAGGGAUGAGGAGACAGGAGAGAUCUACAUCGCCAGGGUGAUUCAUGGAGGACUGGCCGACCGCAGCGGACUCCUCCAUCCUGGUGAUCUGUUGGUGGAGGUGAAUGGAAACCCUGUGGUGGGUCUGGAGCCGGAACAGGUCAUCCAGAUUCUGAUUAAUUCUCAGGGAACGAUCCUGUUUAAAGUCAUUCCUGACGCAGCUCAGAGCAGCAGCAGCCAGAAGUCGGUGUUCAUGAGGGCGAUGGUGGACUACUGCCCCCUGCAGGACUCCUCCAUCCCGUGUCCUGAUGCAGGGAUGCCGUUCAGCAGAGGAGACCUGCUGGAGGUGGUCGACCAGUCAGACGGACAGUGGUGGCAGGCCAGGAAGCUGCGCUCCGCUGCGUCCUGUGCUGGUCUCAUCCCCUCUGCCAGCAUGCUGAAGAGUAAACAGAGGGAACACUGGUGGUGUCAGCCGUCACAGGUUCAUACCUGCAUCAAACCCUUGAUUCUGACUGAUAACGAUGAUGAUCGACCUCAGGCUGAUGACAAACACUCAGUACCAGAACUGGAAGAGAUACACUUUGACGAGACUGAGUCUGAUGUUACUGAUGGAAUCUACCUGGCCGGUUUCCGGCGGAGUUUCCGUCUGUGGAGGAGGACGUCCUACAGAAGGAGACGACAGUCCUGCACCUCCUGCUCACCCAACAGCAGCGCCCUGUACACUCCAUAUGAGGAGGUGGCUCUGUACCAGCGCACCCCGCAGGAGAACCAUCGCCUCAUCAUCCUCAUCGGAGCUACGAGAGUCGGAGUGAACGAACUGAGGAAACGACUCAUCAAACUGAACCCUUCAACCUUCCAGGGACCCGUACCUCACACCACUCGUCCAAUCAGAGCAGGGGAGCAGUCAGGAAAGGAGUACCACUUUGUCACCAAAGAGCUGUUUGAGUACAUGGUCUGUAACCACAGGUUUGUGGAGUACGGGGAGUAUAAGGGUCACCUGUAUGGGACCAGCGCUGAGGCCAUAGAAGAGGUGCUGAAACGAGGACGGAUGUGCAUCAUCGAUGUCGAACCACAUAGCAUCCUGCCACUGAGGACGAGGAAACUGAAGCCGUACGUGAUCUUCAUCAAAGCUCCAAGUCCAGACAGACUGAGAGAAACCCGGAGAGACGCCCGAAUCAUCACCAACUGCUCCGUCAACAGAGUGUUCACAGAGGAAGACUUUGUGGAGCUGGAGGAGGUGUCCCAGCUGAUGGAGGCAAAGUACAAACAGUUUUUCGACAGCGUGCUGGUGAACGAGGACCUGCAGGACUCCUGCAUACAGCUCUUCUCCAUCAUCCAGGAGGCGCAGGACGAACCACAGUGGAUACCCGUCAGCUGGACCCGGAAAGAGGAGUGAGGAGGGGGAGGAGGAGGAGGAGAGGAUGAUUAGGACAGACAAGAAAAACUACGAGUGAGAAUACAAAGAGAGAAAAGACGGAGACGUGUUGGAUAAAAGAAAACAAUACUGAGUGAGAUAUAAAGACGAGGGGAGGAGAUGGAAAAAGAAUUUGGGAAUCAUAGAAAAUAACUGGAGACAGAGGAGAAGAUGUUACGACAUGAUGGAGAUGGAAAAGUGAGACUGAGGGGGUUAUUCAAAGAAAAUAUUACCUGUCGUCUUUUGAAAUUGUCACCAAAACUGUCAAAUAAAAUGACUUUUAGUUUGAACAGAUAAAACCUCAGAGGCGAGACAAGUGUGGAGGAAGAAUUUCACCUCGCUGGUUGAGUUUAACUCCAAAGAGGAGUCAGAGAUAUUCUCUCUGUAUUUAUUACCUCCACCAAGGAGGUCAUGUAUUUGGUCAGUUUGUGCAGCCUGAUUUUCAUUCCACUCAGCAGAGGGGUGGAAUAUGGGCCGAGGAAGAACCCAUCUGAUUUUGAAACAGAUCCUAAUCUUGAAGCAACCGCACAAAUUAUUUUUGACCUUUGACAUUCAGAGUCUGGACUGGGCUCUUACUUCGGACGUUACAAGCAAACACAGAGCUGAAAUGCUGGGGGCUAUUAGUGCAGCGCUAACAAUGGCAACAGUGCUGAAAGAGCCAACAGCAGCUGUUUUUACACAAACGCUCAAGAUAGAUUGAUACUUGUGCGUCAGCUCUAUGCAGAGCCUACGCACGCCGUUGUGAGCAUUUAUACUUGUGCGGUGGUGUGUCUGUGUCACUCUGCAGUUACACCUCCAAAACACUAGUCGGUGAUAGAGUUUCUGUUUAGUGCUGUAAAGUUUAGUUGAUUCAAAUUAAUAGAGACCAUUUCAAACACAAGUACACAAAUCAGCUUCACUAUAACUCGCAGCAUUCACAGACAAACACUUGUCUUUAUUUGGACACAUUUUCCCCACAAAUACAACAUGCUAACGUUAUUAGCACAAGCCUAGGGCAUUUUACAUUGUAUAAAUUAGCUUAGCGGCUAGCAGAGAUUUCCUCUACUCAUGAAUAGCCAGGAUAAAUCACACACAAGACUUAAAAGGCUAUUUUUAAGGAGGUUUUUGUGGAGUGAGAUUGGUGAGGGUUAAGGUGAGAAUAGUAGGGCAAGCCAGUAGUGGGGGGGUUGUGCAUUCGCCAUUCUAGGAAAAAAAUAAAAAAUUUGCCUCUGUGCCCACCCAGCUGGGGUAGUUUGCAGUGCAGAGCAGCAGCAAUUAGCCAGUGGGGAUAUGAAUAAUAGUUAGCUGUUUGUUAGAUUAAUGUUUUAAAUGUCCUACAUUGCACCUUCAACAUCGUGAGAUAAGUUAAGGCAUUUGGCCUUGGCCAAGGUCUGAGCUCUGCCCCUCCACAGUAGUUGUAAUUGAUAUGUUAAUCAAGAGCAGAGUUGGGUAUAACGCGUUACAGUACUUUGAUUAGUUUUUGCAGUAACGAGUAACCUAACGCGUUAGUUUGCUGUUUGAGUAAUCAAAUACUUAACUACAUUUUCAAACAAGACAUCAGUUACUUCCGUUACUUUUAGAACGCUGGUCCUUCAGCUCCGAAACAGCAACGGCUGUCGUUUGGUUCUAAUAACGGAGA